CAUUAUCAACCAUAAAUUGUGGCAAAAAAGAAUAUCAUCAGUGGAUCCACAUAAUAAUAAUAAUUGUGCUCAUCAUCAUCAUCAUCCACAUUCUUCACAUUUUCAUCAUCAUCAUCAUAAUAAUCAUCAUCAUCAUCACUAUCAUUAUGGCCAUCACAGAAAUAUUAUUAAAGCCAUCAUUCUGGUCAUCAUAGCAUCAUCAUUAUCAUUAUCGAUUCAAGCACAAAGAUCUGGUGCUUGCCGAUUUUAUCCACUUGGUGAAAAUCGUCGUUUUGAACGUGUUGCUGAAAAUCUACCUGUUGGAAACGAAGUAUUCAAAGUAGAAGUAUAUCCACGUAAUGAAUUUCGUUUGGAAGCAGUGGAUAAUAGCCUGAGCGAUAUAAAUUAUUUUAAAUAUGAAAUAAUUGAUGAUAAAAAUGUUGCCAUAAAAUUAGCACAUUCAUUAGAAGAACUUGUUGAUCGGAAAGAUCCACAAAGUGUAUUGAAAUUUAAACUUACCUGUAAAGGUGCCAGUGGAACGGAAGAAGCAUUUCUACCUGUAACCGUGUACGUACAAGAUGUCAAUGAUCAUACGCCUGAAUUUCAAAAUGUUCCCUAUUCAUUGGAUGUUGAUGAGUUGACACCUGUUGGUCUUACCGUUUUUCGUGGUAUACAUGCUAUCGAUCGUGAUAAACCAAAUACAGCCAAUUCGGAUAUCACAUAUUCGAUUGUCGGUGGCAAUGAAAACAAUUCAUUCAUAUUAUCCGACCCGAUUGAAGGAACAUUGGUUAUUAAUAAACAACUUGAUUAUGAUAAUGGUAUUAGAGAAUUCAAGAUACAAAUUCAAGCAUCGGAUCAUGGAACACCAGAUAGUCUUAGUUCAGUAACAACAAUGACAAUACGUGUCAAAGAUGCUGAUGAUCAAAAUCCAGUGUUUACAAAAGAUCGUUAUCGUGCAAGUGUAUCGGAAACAACAAAAUUAACUGGACUACGUAUACGUGAAAAAGUAGCCGUUGAACCACCGAUACAUGCAUUUGAUCUUGACAGUGGGAUCAAUGCUCGACUUCGUUAUUCAAUCGUACUUGGAAACGAAGGUGGCUUUUUUGAGAUGCACGAUCAAACAGGUGAAUUGUUUCUUGUUCGUGAGAUCGAUUUGGAAUCAUUGUCCAGUUCUAUGUUGACUCUACAGAUACAGGCAUCACAAGUGGAUAAUCCACUUCGACAAGCAACCUCAAGAGUUGAUGUUUUCAUAAUCGAUGUGAAUGACAAUUCACCAAUAUUCGAAAAUAUCAAUUAUAAUGUUACAGUUAUGGAAAAUUUACCCACUGGUUUUACGAUAUUACAAGUUUCAGCAUUUGAUGCUGAUAAAGGAGAGAAUGCUGAAUUUAAAUACAUAUUAAAAGAUCCUAUACAAGCAUUUCAAAUUGAUCCUUACAGUGGUUGGAUUAGUGUUAAAGAUCCUGGUAAAUUAGAUCGAGAAUUGAAUGACAAAAUCAUUUUGAAAGUAUUGGCCAUCGAAAAGAAACCAAAUGUUGAUCCUGAUCAUAAAGAACCAAAUAGCUGUAUAGUGGAGAUAACAUUACUUGAUUCGAAUGAUAAUAAUCCACAAUUUUUCCCAUCAAAUGUUUAUACAUUUUCCGUAUUGGAAACGGCUGCAGCUGGAACAUUGAUCGGAUCAGUAUAUGCAAGUGAUCGUGAUAUCAAUGAAAAUGGUCGCAUCAUCUAUUAUAAACAGAAUGAUUCACUAAGUCAAAAUGGCCCAUUCGAUGUUUAUCCACAUAAUGGAUCAAUAUACGUGACGGAUAAAUUUUCACAAAUGCUAAAUAAACCGGGUCAAUUUACAUUUUUUGUUGUUGCAUCCGAUCUAGCAAAAAUGCAUCAUGAACGUCGUACAGCUGUUGCUAUUAUUCGUGUGAAUAUUACCGAUAUUAAUAAUAGUGUGCCAGAAUUUAUUGGUGCACCAUUUGAAGCUUAUGUUGGUGAAUCAUUACCGGAAGGUGCAUAUGUUACACAGAUUAUUGCACAAGAUGCUGAUCAAGUCGAUACGAUGCUUGAAUAUUCAAUUGUAGCUGGAAAUGAUGAAAAACAAUUCAUUAUUGAUUCAAAAACCGGAAAAGUCUAUACAUCAGCUGUAUUGGAUUAUGAAGUGAAACAAUCAUAUGAUCUACUUGUACAGGUAUCUGAUGGCAUUAAUACUGCUGUAGCACCGUUGUUGGUGAAUUUGGUCGAUAUCAAUGAUAAUGCACCACAAUUUACACAUGAUGUUUAUAAUUUUACCGUCGUAGAAGAAUUAGGUGCCAAUAUAACCGUUGGUACCGUAUUGGCUAUUGAUCGUGAUUCGGGUAAAAAUUCCGAAAUUCAUUAUUCCAUUAUUGGUGAUCAUGCAAAUGAAUUAUUCUUCAUCGAACAACGUAAUGGUAAUAUUCGUACACGUACGAAAUUGGAUCGUGAAAUUGAAUCACGUGUAGAAUUCUUGGUCAUUGCUUAUGAUGGUGGCACACCACAGCUAAGUGGUAGUUCAAAAGUUCUAGUCAGUAUUGAAGAUAUUAACGAUAAUGCACCAUUCUUUGAUCAAACUCAAUACGAAGUAGAAGUGAUGGAAGAAAUUGAUCCACCAAUCGAAAUAUUUCGUAUUCAAGCACAAGAUUUAGAUACCGGUGAUAAUGCCGUCGUUAAAUAUCUUAUAUUGGCUGGUAAUGAAGAUAAUAUUUUCAAUAUAAACACCGAUAAUGGAAUGAUUACUACAUCGGAUCGAUUGAAUUUUGAACGUAAAUCACAAUAUAAAUUAUUUGUUGCCGCACGUAAUUUACGGCCAUUUCAGGGACCAAAUUCAGCCGAUAUUGUGAAUCCAUCCGUAGAAGUAGUGAUAAAAGUAAAAGAUAUUAAUGAUGAAGUGGUUGUAUUUGAUCAGCAAUUGUAUCAUUAUAAAAUACCGGAAAAUCUACCACGUGGUACAUUGAUCGGUGCCGUCACCGCAAUGAAUCCAAAACGUUCAGAUCAUGAGCAAGAUAUUGUUUAUUGGAUUGAAUUUACCAACGAUAAUGAUGAUGAUUUAAGCUAUAAUCCAAAUGUUGGAAUCAUGGAAAAAACAUUGGACAAAAGCCUAUCGAAAUUUAAUAUAAAUUCAAAAACCGGUGAAAUUAUCGUUAUCGAUUCAAUUGAUUUUGAUCCACCAGCUAAUGAGAAAAUGUUUGAAUUUAAAAUAAAAGCACGUGAUAUGUUAUCGAUCAAUACGUUCAAUACAUCAGUACCGGUUGUUAUUGAAAUUACCGAUGUGAAUGAUAAUUCACCAAAAUUUAAUGAAGAUCGUUAUGGUCUGGAAUUACCGGAAAGUUUACCACCAGGUACAUCGUUACCACCAUUUUUUCGUGUUUCCGAUAAUGAUUAUGGAGCGAAUGGUAAAAUAUCCUUUUUCAAAAUUGAAGGCAAUGAAUUGGAUACAUCAUAUUUUGCCAUUAAUCAUACAACCGGUUCGAUAAUGUUGAAUAAACCAUUGGAUUAUGAAUCACGAAAUCAAUUGGAAUUUGAUUUGAUUGCAGCUGAUGGUGGCCAAGAUCCCCGUUGGAGUUCGGCAAAGGUCAAUAUUUAUGUGGCGAAUAUAAAUGAAUUUUCACCAAAAUUUAUUGGAUUACCAUAUGAAUUUUAUGUACAAGAGAAAGCAGUGGAAGGAACGAAUGUAGGUCAAGUGAAAGCCAUUGAUGAUGAUGGAAACAAUGUUUAUUAUUCGAUACAUGAUGAAGAUCAUAGUUAUUUUACUAUUGAAUCCGAUUCGGGUCGUAUCUAUGUACGGAAACCAUUGGAUGGUAAAACACAAUAUACAUUUGUUGUUCGUGCCACCGAUGAUGGUAUGCCACAAAAUUUUAGUCUUGGUGUACAGAUUAUUGUUCGUGUACAAGAAAGUAAUGAUUAUCCACCAGCAUUUACAUCAAAUAAUUAUUUUGGUAUUGUAUUGGAAGCCGAUCAACAACAGCAACAACAACAAGAAGAAUCUUUACAAUCAUCACAUCAUCUACAGCAGCAGCAGCAACAACAACAACAACAACAGCCAAUCAUACAGGUUAAAGCCAUAGAUAAAGAUUUACAAAAUAAUUCAAUUACAUAUUCAAUUGUGGGUGGUAAUGAUAAUGAAUUAUUCACUAUUGAUAAAGAAAAUGGCCAAAUACGUAUUAAUAAUGGAAAAUGGUCAUUGAUUGAUUAUGAUAAACAAAAACAAUUUUCAUUAUUAGUACAGGCAAAAGAUUCACAUCAAACACCAUUGGUUGGAUUAACUAUCGUUACAAUUGAUGUUAAAGAUAUUAACAAUCAUCCACCCAUUUUUAAUAAACCAUCAUAUACGGUAACAAUCAAUGAAAAUAAGCCGGCCGGUCAUUGUUUUCUCAAGAUUGAAGCUGAUUCACGUGAUUCUGUUGAUACUGUAAGCUAUUUUCUUGGCAGUAGUAGUGGCCGUGAUAGUCAAUCAUUUGAAUUGAAUAAAUCUACUGGUGAUCUUUGUACGAGAAAAAUAUUGGAUCGUGAACAACAGGAUCGUUAUGAAUUUUUUGUUGUUGCUAAUGAUGGAAAAUUUGAAACAACUGUACCGGUUUCUAUUGAAGUAUUGGAUGAAAAUGAUAAUCAACCAAUGUUUGAACAACAGAAAUAUGUUGUAUCCAUACCAUAUGAUUCACAUCCAGGACAAACUGUCAUACAGGUUCAUGCUAGUGAUCCAGAUAUGGCAAAUAAUGGUGAAGUUACGUAUUGGAUUAAAAAUACACAUGGAAUGUUUGAAAUAGAUUCCAAAACUGGUCUGGUUCGUUUGGUAUCAAAUUUUCCGAAUAAUAAACAAAAUUUUACUUUUGAAAUGGAUGUAUUCGCUCAGGAUCAUGGUAUUACACCGAAUAUUGGCAAAGCAAUAUUGGUCGUUCGUUCAUCAAACACUCAUAAUCAUCCACCGAAAUUUGAUCGAUUUUAUUAUUCUGUAGAAGUUGAAGAAAAUCUUUCCGGUAUUGCUAUAGCCACCGUAAAAGCUUAUGAUCCAGAUCAAGGAAAAGCCGGUAAGAUCAAUUAUCGAAUCAUUAAAUCUACAUAUCCGGUAGCAUUUCGUAUUGAUAAAGAUUCUGGACAAAUAAUGUUGAUAGCACCAUUGGAUUAUGAGACGGCACGAUUUCAUGAAAUCAAUAUUGAAGCACGUGAUGAAGCUAAAGACUCACAAUUCAUAACAACAGUGGUACAGAUUAAAGUGAUCGAUACAAAUGAUCAUAAACCGGAGAUUCUUUCCAUACCGAAAGUAAUUCGUAUACCACAAUCAGUUUCACCAAAUGAAGAAGUAAUCUACACUGUUCAAGCAAUCGAUCUAGAUAGUAAUGAACAUGGUAAUAAUGUAUUACAUUUUUCAAUUGAACCACCAAAUCCAUUGUUUACAAUCAAUCCAAAAACUGGACAAAUAUUUGCAUUACAAAAAUUAAUGCCACAUCAUGAUUUAUUCAAAAUUGUUGUCCGUGAUCAAGCCGAAAAACGACCAUUAUCUAGUUCAAUUGAUAUACAAAUUGAAGUUUAUAAUGAUCUUGUUGAAGAAACAAUGCCAUUAUUUACAUCAACACAAUAUUAUAUCCAAUUGGAAAAUGUUGUCGAUCCAGGACGAACGAUUCUAAUGCCUAGGGCAAAAAUACCAAGUGGUGGUCAUAUUUGGUAUAAUAUAUCGAAUUUGAAUACAAAAAAAUUCACAAUCGAUCAUGAUAGUGGUCGUAUUUAUUCUACUUCACGUAUUGAAUAUAUGAAUGCCCGAGAUAGUACAUAUCAUUUUGUUGUUGUUGCACACAAUAAAAAUGAUAUGAAACGUUAUUCAGAAGCUGGUGUUGUCAUAAAAUUAUCGGAAACGAAUACAAAAUGUCCAAAAUUUCCAUUUAGUGAAUAUUAUGCAUCGAUCGAAGAGAAUUCACCAAUCGAUAUGGUUGUCAUUGAUGAUUUAAUGCUUGUUGAUAUGAAUAAAUGGAAUGGCAAUAAUAUUGUUUAUCAAAUUACUGAAGAUAAUUCUAAUGAUAAUUUCUAUAUCGAUUCAGUGGUUGAUAAUGAAAUACCCAAAAAUGUAACACUUAAAAUUAAACGUCCAAUUGAUCGUGAUCGUAUGGCAAAAUUUUUACAAGGCAUCUAUACAUUAUCAGUGUCAGCAUCUAAUGCAAAAUGUACUGCUAAUAUUCGUGUAAAAAUUUUAAUUGAAGAUGUUAAUGAUAAUAGUCCAAUGUUUUCACAAUCAGAAUAUAUUGUUGAAUUGAAAGAAAAUACACCUGUUGGUCAUGUAGUGACCACUUUGUCCGCAAAAGAUAAUGAUGAAACUGAUGAUGGUAAAUUACGAUAUUUCAUUGUUGCCGGUAAUAAUGAUCAAUUGUUUCAUAUGGAAACAAAAACUGGUGUUGUUUCGGUAAAAGAAUCACCUGAUCGGGAAAAAUCUCCGGCUCAUGUUUUGAAAGUGGUGGCUAUCGAUUCGGCAAACAAUACCGGUUGGGCUAGUGUUCAUGUGAUUAUUUUGGAUGAAAAUGAUUGGACACCGACAUUUUUGAAUGAAACAUUCAUGUUGAACGUAACGGAAGGACCAACAAGUGUUGGAACUCGAUUACGGCUACCAGUUGUUGAUUAUGAUGAUGGUAUUAAUCGACAAAUGGAAGUCUAUAUUGUUGAUGGCAAUUCAAAUGGUGAAUUUCGAUUAGAUGUGGAUGAAGGUGGCCCAUUGUUGACUGUUGUUUCUGAAUUGGAUCGUGAAAAAUACAAUGUACCUGAAGCUGCUCUUCAUUUAGUAUUCAUUGCUGCCAAAGACAAAGGAACACCACCACGAAUUGGCAAAACAAUGGUGGCCGUUAUCAUACAGGAUAUCAAUGAUUCACCACCUAAAUUUGAAAAAGAAGUUUAUUAUCAUUUUAUAUCGGAAGAUUCAGCCGUAGGAAUGAUACUUACAGAAUUGAAAGCUAGUGAUGCUGAUUCAACGGCAUUAACGAAUUUGGUUUAUUCAUUCUCGAAAAAUACCGGUAAUGUACCGUUUGCAAUAAAUCCUGACAACGGUAUUGUUAAUGUUUCAAGACAAUUGGAUGUAUCUGAAAGUCAACAAUAUUCAAUUACCGUUGAAGUUUUUGAUGGCAUAUGGAAAUCUAGUACAUUGUUGAAUAUUAUUGUCAAUGAAGCUGAAGAACGUGAUCCAAGAUUUGAACAAGCAUAUUAUCGAUUUGAAAUUGGUGAAAAUUUGAAAAAUUCAUUCGUUGGUAAAGUUGAUUUGAAACCAAGAAAACAUCGUGUAAAAUCUUCGAAACGUUAUACAAUUGUUAAUUCAGAAAUGCGUUCCAUAUUCAACAUAACAGCUGAUGGUGAAAUCUAUACAAAAGUUGGUCUUGAUCGUGAAAAACGUAGUAAAUAUGUUUUCACAGUGAAAAUAGAGGAAAAACAUCCUACCACUAAAGUGAGUGUCAGUGAAGUUAUAAUUGAUGUGUUGGAUGAAAAUGACCAGGUGCCAACAUUUCCAUAUUCAUAUACCGGUACGGUAAAAGAAAAUUCAAAAGCCGGUACAGCCGUUCAUAUUGUGCCAAUGAUUAAAGCAAUCGAUAAUGAUAUUGGUAAUAAUUCAAUGAUUGAAUAUUCACUUUCUGGUGAUGGUGCCGAUAUGUUUACGAUAUUGAAUUCUGGCUCGGUUAUAUUUACACCGUUAGAUCCUAUGCAACAAUUGGAUCGUGAAACACGAUCAGCUUAUAAAUUCAAGGUGAUCGCUAAAGAUAUGGGUGGAUUAAGUUCAGCUACAGAUUUGAUUAUAAAUGUUGAAGAUGAAAAUGAUAAUGCACCGAUUUUUCAACAUGGACCACUUUUUGUACUAUUGCCUGAAAUUGCUAAACCUGGAUCGAAAGUAGUGGAAGUACGUGCUACCGAUAUUGAUGAAGGUUCGAAUUCAAAAAUACAAUACUAUAUAACCGGUGGUGGUAAUGGUGAUAUCCGUAUUGAUCGUAUAACUGGUGAAAUUUUUGUUGUUGGUUCACUGAAACCUGGUACCAUUUAUUUUAUGAAUGUAUCAGCCGUGGAUGGUGGUGGAUUAUCGGCACGAACCACCGUAAAUGUGACCAUCAUUGAUGUUAAUAAUCAUAAACCAACAUUCGAUUCAUCAUCAUAUAGUUUUAGUAUUGCUGAAAGUAAUUAUACAAAUGAUAAGGUUAAAUUAGGUGUCCUAAGAGCUAGAGAUGAAGAUAUUGGCAAAAAUGGUCUUGUCGAAUACUUGAUAUCAUCAAAUGUUGCAUCAGAUUUUCCAUUUUCAAUCGAUGUACAUACGGGCGAAUUAUUUGCACAUGGUUUCAUUGAUCGUGAGCAAAGAGAAAUCUAUACAUUCGAAGUAACGGCAUUGGAUUAUGGCGAGCCUCCAAGCAAUUCAACGGUCGAAGUUAAAAUUACAAUUCUUGAUAAAAAUGAUGAAAGGCCACGUUUCUAUACGGAUCCAUAUCUAGCACAUGUACCGGAAAAUCUUGAUCCUGGUCAUAAAGUUACACAGAUUGCUGCAUUUGAUCCGGAUUUAGGCGAGAAUGGUCAAGUUUUCUAUAAAUUAGGUGCCGGUCAUGAUAAUAAAUUUUAUAUUGAUGGUAAAGAUGGAACUGUUUGGACAUUGUCUACAUUGGAUUUUGAGGAGAAAAAUUUCUACAACAUAACUGUCAUUGCAUAUGAUAAAGGCAAUCCUAGCCUAUCAUCAGCGGCGAAACUUUGGGUCACUGUAGCCGAUACACCGGAUUCUGUACCAGAUUUUUCUAAAGCUGUUUAUACUGUUGAAGUGGCUGAAAAUGCUAAACCCGGUGAUAUUGUCUAUAAAUUGGAUGCCGGUGAUGGCCCAUUUAAAUAUUAUUUACUUAAUUCCGAUGAGAUCGAUGCCUUUUCAGUGGAUAAAAAUAGUGGUAAAAUUAAACUAGUCAAACCAUUGGAUAGUAAUUAUCGUAAUCAUUAUCGUUUGAUUGUCAAAUCUGAAGAUGAUAGUGAACCACCAAAAUCCGAUACGGCUGAGGUUAAUAUAAUUGUAGGUACUGGACAAGGUGUGCGACUUUUCCCACAACGUCUUUAUGAAGUAUCAGUGAAAGAAAAUCAAUUGACACCGAUUCUAUUGAUUGAUCUGAAUUCAACCGAUGAAAUUGCGAGAAAAUCACCACACUAUCGGAUUGUUGGAUCCGAUUAUAGAGGCACAUUUAAAAUAGAGCAUGAAAAUGGUCGACUUUUAUUGAUGAAAAGUUUGGAUCGUGAAAAGAAAGAUGUAUAUCAUUUAAAAAUUAAAGCUGAAAAUGUCAUACAUCGUCGUGUUGGCCGUGAUAUAAAUGCAUUGUAUCAACAUUUGACCACAACUGAAAGUCAUAAUAAUCAUCUGGCAUAUGAUGAAUCAUUGGUUGUUGUACAUGUUCUAGAUGAAAAUGAUAAUUCGCCCAUUUUUGCCAAUAACAAUGAUCGUCCAAUUGUUGCUGCCGUUCCGCUUGAAGCUUCAUUUGGUUUCAAAGUCGUUAAAGUUAAUGCAAAAGAUGCUGACAUUGGUCUUAAUUCAGCAAUUCGUUAUGAAUUAUUAUCUCGUGGUGAUGAUUCACAUACAAAAUUCUAUAUCGAUCCGAUUAGUGGUGAUAUUCGAUCAAUGGUUACAUUCAAUUUGGAUGGUGGUAAAAUGUAUGGUUUCGAUGUGAAAGCCACCGAUUGUGAAGGUAGUGAAAAUGGUAAUUCAGCUACAACCACUGUAUUUAUUCAUGUUUUACCUGAAACGAAAAUGAUUCUAUUCGUAGCGGAUAGAGAACCAAUUAUGAUUGAGAAAAAAUAUCCAGAAAUUAUCAACUACUUGAGUAAUACGACGGAUUUUGAUGUAAAAUUAGCAAAACUUGGUCCACAUUUAGAAGGUGAUAUACAGGAAACACAUUCUACCGAUGUUUUUCUUUAUGCUGUCAAUAAAGAUAAUAAUGAAAUUGUCGAUACUGAAACACUUCUUGAUGUCUUUCGUAAAAAUUCUCAACAAAUUGUCGAAAAUUUACGUUCAUUUCGAAUUCGCCGGAUACAGGGUGUUACUGUGCAGGAAAAAAUAAGUCAAAUGGGUGCCACUGAAAUCGCUAUCAUUGCAUUGUCUUCCGUCAUUUUUCUGGGCACAGUAUUGGCUAUAGCUUUACUUUGUUCAUCUUGUAAAGAAAGAAAAAUUCGUCAACGACAAACAACAUGGGAACAACAAAAUUUGUAUAAUAUUAAAAAUCCUUUGAUGGCUGGUCCAAAAUCCAUUUAUGGUAGUCGUGGUAUACCGGUUGGAAAUAUUUCCAAUUAUUCUUGUGAAGGUUUUGGAAAUGGUGAUUAUAUGGAAAGUAUGAAUUCUUUCAAACGAAAUGGAAGCAUUUUGGAUGGCCGUUCAGCUCAUACAGAAAUAUCAGCCAAAAGUCGUCAAGUAUCACCACCGGAUGGUGCAUCGGCUUUAAAUCCACCACGUAGUCCUCCAUAUUCGGAAAGAUAUGCUAAAACUAAUUUAACAAUGGCUGUCCAUGAUUCAAACAAUGAUUGGUCCGGAUAUUCACGUGGAUCUGGCCGAUCUAGAAAUUCAUUUAGUGGAACAAGUUGGUCAUCUCGAAAAUCAAAAAAUUCUGAUCGUCAUUAAUCAAUCGGACUUGAACACAAAUCGUUAUGCUCAAAUUAGUCCAUAAACUUGAUUUUUUUUUCAUUUAUUUAUUUAAUACAAUUUAUGUGAACAUAUGAACAGAUUAUUUGUUUGUUUGUUUUUUCGGUCGAAAACAUAUACCUUGCAGGCGGCUGCUGGAAAUAUGUGUUGCCCUUUAUUAUUAUUAUUUUUUUGUAUUUAGAUUUAAAAAGAAAAAUAGAGAUUUUUUUUUUACUUUCAUUUGUUUUUUGUUAAAUACAAAUUUGUGCAUUAUUCACGUAUAUAUUUGUCGCGUCAGUACCGAUUUUUGUGUGUGUGUAUGUGUGUGUUUAUGGGCAUUUGCAUUGUCACACCACAACCAUAGUAAAUAGAUCGUCACCGAAAAUGUUGAAAAAGGAAAACUUUAACUAUUACACAUAGCUUGGUGGUAAAGUUCAAGAUAUUUCUAUAUUCAUUUUUAAGCA